GCUUGUUUGGAGAAGGGGAGGCAUUGGUGGAGCGUUCAGCCCUACAAGGCCGGGCGUCCACGUCAUUGGAUCUCCGCCGACGUCACGCGGCGCUGCACGACGCGGUCGAGAAGCCCAAUGCUUUCUCCACAUCCCCAAUUUCUUUCAUCACUCCCACCUCCUCUGCCGUCCCAUCCGUGGCCAAACUAUAAGUCCUGCUAGUCGUCGCGGUUUGCCUCCCUUAUUAUCACAGCAUAUUGCGAGGAUAACUGCUGCCUGGCCCUCCCUGCCCCAACCCACCCCGGUCACCACACAGACCAUCUCACCUUAUCCACGUCCAACCACCACCAUGGCGCGCGACAACACACACUACCAGCAAUUUCCCGCCCAGGAGAGCGACCCCCUCCUGGGACCCCGACAUGGAUCGAAAUCCUCCCCCCUGGGUCGACUGCGGCACCAUCUCCGCACGGAAAUCGACCCCCACAGGGCCGACCUUCUCCUCAUUUUCUGCUAUGUGAUUACUGGUCUGUUGGACAGCUCUGCUGUCUUCAUCUGGGGGUCGUUUGUGAGCAUGCAGACCGGCAACACGGUGUAUUUGGGGCUAGGCCUGGCGGGGAUGGACGACACUCAACGCUGGCUGAAAUCGCUCAUCUCGAUCAGCAGUUUCUGCAUCGGCUCCUUUUUCUUCGCUUUGUUUCACCGCCUCUUCCGCACCCCACGGCAACGAUCCGCUCUGGCGCUGUCAUUCACACUGCAGAUGAUUUGUGUCACCAUUGCAGCUAGUAUUGUCACCGUGCAUCAGACUGGGAAAAACGACCUGUUGUCGUGGAAAAUUGCUGUUCCGUUGGCGCUGGUCUCGUUCCAGGGUAGCGGACAGGCGGUUACCAGCCGGGUGUUGAAGUUUAGUAGCUUGACCAGCGUCGUGCUUACUAGCAUCUACUGUGAUUUGUUCUCGAACCCGGCCCUCAUAUCCCCCAGCGUGGUGAAGGAUCCUGAUGAGUGGAGACGGGCUGGAGCGGUUCUGGGGUUGUUGCUUGGAACGUUGCUGGGAGGUGUAUGGGCCAAGAGCGAGGUUGGUUUGCCGGGAGCGUUGUGGACAGCCGUGUUUUUCAAGGGGCUUAUUGCAGUUGCAUGGCUGUGGUGGAAGGGCAAGGAUGAUGAUGAGUAGACAGUAGCCUGUUAUAGGAUCGAUCUUAUUCGACACUAGAGAUAGUGCCUGGGGUGCAUGGCUAGGUGUUGCUAUAUAUAGUGUCGAGGCAACAGUGUCUGAUGAUUGCUACAAAUACAGUGACUCAUCGAGUCAUCGAUAGACCUCGAAAGUUUUUGAAAUGAAUGUG